AUGACUACCUUUUCUACCUACAACAACAUAACCGAAGUUGACUUCCAAACCCUCAGUGUGAGCGGCUUUUAUGGCCCAGGCGCAUGGGCAGCCUGGUGCGUCACACUCAUCGCAUCCUGGGCACCUAUUCUCCGCGACGAGUACACACAUAACCUCCACUAUAUUACCUACGCGAUGUAUAUGAACGCAGCCGCUAUCGAUGUCUUCCAAAACGUCCACAUGGAUCGCAAAUUCGACAAGCUAGCUUCGGGUGUGAAGGAGUCGCUCCGUCAAGCAGCAGAAGCGGGGAUACCUCUUUCUCGAAUCCUUGGGGAAGCAGGGGAUAAGGAGAGUCUUUGCACAGUGCGGACGACCGGCAUUGGUAGUGAGGAGAGUAUUACAUUAGCAACAGCUCGAUUCGGGCCAUGGAUAUGGAAUGCAACGGAAUUCGAGGAACAGGCAACCCCCCACACACCUCAAGACAAGAGUCGUAAUACAGAGGACUUCCAAAUUCUCCUCGCCACUCACAUGAAAGCCUGCCGCCAACUCAUAUCGCAGUGGGUUCAAUCACGCGCCGCCAUCUCCAUUCUCAAUCUAGGCUCUCUGAACGCAAGCUUCCAACUCUUGUUUACCAUACGGAAGAAUCUUCGCGUUAUCGGUAGUAAAGCGUCUUCUGUCGACCUUGCCAUUGUCCGUCGCAAUCUCAUCAUAUUCAUGGGUCAGAUUCUUCCUUCGAUUGCCCUGUAUCUCCGUCUUCUUGACCAUCGUCAUGACGUCCAACCGCGAUGUCGGUGCGAUGCUUAG